AUGCCAAAAGAUACAGCCGCAGACGAGUCCUAUGCUACCGGCGGGGACUCAUCCAAGACGCUCAAGCGGGGCGACGCGUGCCUUUACUGCCGCAAACGGCGGAUCAGGUGUUCAGGCGGUCCGUCCACCUGCGAACACUGUAAGAAGCUCAGGAGGGAAUGUGUGUAUGAUACGGGCAAGCCCGUGAGCAGGGUGAAGCAGCUGGAGGAGAAGGUGGCGGAAUUAGAGGCGAUGCUUGGGGGAGGAAAGGCAGGCCCCUCGAGGAAUGGGUCGGGGUCGGGGAUGGGAAGCAAAGGCGGGGUUGGAAUGGGGAGCGGAGGGAGCAGCGACUUUGCUCUGCCAGGGAAUGGCUUUCCACACCCACAAGGGCCUCCAAUCGACUUCUCGAAUAUCUUCGCUGGUAACGAUAUGGCCGCGCCUGGCCCCAGCGGCGGCUUCCGCCCUUCGCAAGCCCCAUCAACCUCCUUCUUCCCCCAAUUCAACAACACCGAUAUAUCCAUCGAGGACACGUUCGACUUUUCCAUGCUCGAUCCAAACUUCAUGAAUCUGAUCAGCACAUUAGCGGAUACCUCGACGGGUAGCGACCCAUUCGCUGCGCCGUUCGGACAAUCCAAUGGUUCCGCUCCAGCUCCGCCCGUCCCGGCGCAAGCGUCAAAUCCCUCGUCCAUGCAGUACAAAACGACUGUCUCUGACGAGCUGGACGAUUCCGCUCUCUUUGAGCUCUUCACAAACCCCACUCCUUCCAACUUCUUCGACCCUGCUCCCACCCAUGGCGCCACCCACACCAGUCCACCCAUCCUCCUCGACCCUGGUACCAGCAACGGCAACAGCAACAGCUUCCCCUCAUCCAGCACCCACUCGUCAUUCUCGGCCGGACCUUCCACCAAGACGUUCGGGUUGGCGAUGGCGUCUCGGUCAGGAGCGGACGAUACGACGUAUGACCCAGCGUUCGAUAGUCUGCCGAUGGUGGGUGGGUGGUUUGACGCGGCGGAUCUGCCUACUGUUGCGAGGGAUCAUUUGCUGGACUUGUUCUUUGCGGGAAUGAAGAUUGUCGGACAGGAAUUCCAAAUUCCCCGUUUUCUAGCUAGCCUGUCACUCCCUCCGCUGAAACGUCCCCACCCCUGUCUUCUAUACACGAUGUACCUCCUCGCCUCGCGCGCAUCGACCCACCCGCCCAUUCGAGCCCUCGAGCACCACUUCUACCAGAUCGCGUUGACCAAACUCGAAGAGUCCGUCUCGAUGGCGGACCGGCUCCUUGACGCUACGCGCGCAGCGACUAUGCUAGCGGUUUACAAGUACGGGCUGGCAAAGUACCACGAAGGGUAUAUGAUGACGGGUAUGGCUGCUCGACUUGCGCUGAGCUGCGGUCUGCACCAGAUCCCAUCGAGCGUCUUCAAAGUCCCGGAGCAGCCGUACGACCGGCGAGCGGAUAUGGGCGCGCUGAUGCGUCAACGAGCGUAUGUGCUUGGUCCGCCUUUGGAUGCUAUCGAUCUCGGGGAGAGAAUCUGGGCGUUCUGGGCGGUAUAUACUGUUGACCGGUGUGGAGCCAUCUCGGCCCAAUGGCCCGUCGCUAUCCCAGACGAGAUUAUCAGUACGCCCUUCCCGAAGCCGCUGCACGAGUACGAGCUGGGCCUCGUCUCUGAACGAGACGACAUCACCAUGUCGGCCGUCUGGCGCCCCUCUCCCUACCCUGACCGCCCCCGACCCACACUCGACCCGUACGCCCCAUCCUCAUUCGGUAUCCUCCACCUCCGCGCACUGAGCAUCCUCGAGCGCGCCUCGAAAUUGAUGUACCUCCCUCCUGAGCCCGGAUGGGACACUUCGUUCGCCUCAUUCGCCUCGCGCUCCAGUCGCGGUGGCGGUGGCGAUGGCCACUCCGCUGGGGUGGCUAUUGACGACUUCCUGCGGGCUCAAAACCUCGCAGCGGUUGGCCAAAGCAGUACGGGGCAUUCACCAUCGGGCUCUGGUAUUGGGACCGGAUCUGCAAAUUCAAAUGGGUCGGGGCAGAGCGAGGACGAGGCGGCAUUGGGAUGGACCAAGACGGCCAAGGUCCGUACGCCGAGGGCGUACGAGCAGGUCCGGCAGGCGUUGUUGCAGAUGGAGGCGGACCUGCCUAGUGAGCGGCAGACGAAUUGGGAGGUCUGGGAUGGCGGGUUGGGGCUGUGGCAUACGGUCCCAGGGCGAAGAAAAGAGGCUGUCACUCUGCACUUUGUAAUCGGCUGCUCCUGGAUGUUCCUCUUCGACGUCUUCUGCUUCACAGCCGACAACACCCUCGCCGUGAACGUCGCCCGCCGGCUCGUCGAGACCAUCCAAGUCGUCAUCAAGGACGACUCGUAUGCGGAGAUGGACGUCUUCAUCACGAUGAUAUGGUCCUUCCUUGUCAAGAUCCUAAUAAGGGAGGUUAAGCGCUUACAUGUGGUCGGUGAACAUGCAGCUGCGGGACCGAUCGAGACGGAGGUUGAGAUCGUCGUGCAGGCGCUCAAACAGGUCGGGCUGAGAUAUAAUAUCGCGUCGAUGCAGGCGUUACGGGCGGAUAGGUAUAGGAAGAGCGCGCCGCAGUCUGAGGAGUAUUGA